AUGGACUACGCUCCUUGGGUGGUGGCCUUCAUUUGUGUAUACAUAGCUGGAUUUGCAUGGUCUUGGGGGCCAUUAGGGUGGCUUGUACCGAGUGAAAUAUUCUCUCUAGAUAUUCGAUCAGCUGGACAAAGUAUCAUGGUAUCCGUGAAUAUGUUCUUGACCUUUAUUAUCUGGCAAAUAUUCCUUACGAUGCCAUACCACAUGAAGUUUGGCCUCUUCUACUUCUUUGGUGGAUGGGUGCUGAUCAUGACCAUUUUCAUUGCGCUCUUCUUACCGGAGACUAAAAAUAUGCCUAUAGAGGAGAUGAUCCUUGUGUGGAAGCUCCAUUGGUUUUGGGGCAAGUUCAUUAGCGAUGAUGAUGUUCAUGUUGCUAAUGACAUGGUUGCAAUAGCAUAA